AUGUCGCUCCCGCUCGUCCGCCUUGUUGUUCUCUGUGUCGCCCUGUUCUUUGCCAUUGUCGCGCUCGGGCUUGGCGCAGCGGUGGAGAGUGCCACCGAGACGCUGGAGGACCUGUCCUUCGCCUACGCCUCGCUCGCCAUCGCCGCAGCCGUGCUCACAUUGCUCAGCGUCGGGCCCAUGGUAGCCCUCGAGCUCCUGCGCCCCGGCGGCCCCGCCUCGUGGCUCUGGGUCGAGAUCUCCGUGCUGCUCGUGCUCUCUAUUUUAUGGCUCGCGACCGGCGGCGCGACGGCGAACGUGCUGCAGGUGCUCAACGAGUUCGGGUACUGCACCGCGGGCGUCACCGGCGCCGGCGGCGGCGCCGGCGAGAGCCUCUGUGGCGAGACGCAAGGCGUCGCGGCGAUGGGCUUCCUCAGCUGGCUGCUCCUGAUGGGCUAUGCCGGUAUGCUGCUGGUCGUUGGCAUCCAGGCCGCGUCGCGCGGGCAGUCCGACGUCUGGACGACGUCCGUCGCGGACCUGGGGUACCUCCAGCCACCUGUGGCCAAGAAGCCGAACAGUGACCGGGUGUGA